AUGGCCGAGCCCCCACAGGAUUCGGAUUGGCAAAAUUUGUCUGUCCAAGAGCAGCUCAACCAUAAGCUUUGGAAAGCACGUCUCGCCGGAUAUGAAACUCUUAUCAAACAAUUCCAACUGGCAGAGGACGAGGAUGAUGAGGUGUUCACUGAAUGGAAUCGUGAUCAUCAGUGGCCUCAUAAAGCUGUAACAGACUCUAACGCCGUCGCUCAAGAAAAAGGUGUCCUGCUGGUUUCGAUUUACAUCCGACUGGCUGGUCGAGCGGGCUCCCGAUGUCGGCCGGAUUGCAUCGCGCCAUUAGUCGAGAAAAGUUUGGCUACGAACACUCGGAAAGGAACACGAGAGGCCGCGAUUGAGUGUCUGCUAGGAUGGGCUAUGUCCGAAGCCGAUGGUGAUAAAGCCGAAGGAAUCGUGACCGCGGUCUUGGAAGGUUUAAAGUCGAAGCAACCCAAAGUGGUCGCAGGGGCCGCUUCAGCCUUGAAUGCACUGGUUUCGGCAUUUGGAGUCAGAGUCAUCAACAUCAAAUUGAUACUCAAAGCAUUACCUCAAAUGUUUGCACAUGCCGACAAAGGUGUCCGGGAAGAAGGUAGAUUACUGGUUCAAACUAUCUAUCAGUUUCUUGGUGCCGCGCUCGAACCAUCACUCAAUGGACUCAAACCCGUCCAAGUCAAAGAGCUGCAAGAUUUGUUUGCUUCGUUAGACGCUGAAGGAAAAGGGAAAGGGACCGGUGUCCCAACACGCGAGACCGCUGGCCAGAUGCGUGAUCGACUUCAAAGAGAAGCACAAGCAGCCCUCAAGGAAAGCGCCUCCCAGAAUGACCCCGAGGGUGACGCUCCGGCAGAAGAUCUGGAAGCAGCGGACGAGGCACCCGAGGACAUGGACCCCUAUGAGCUAGCUGACCCGGUCGCCAUCCUAGAUCAACUGCCGUCGGGAUUUUACGAGCAUUUGGCGUCAAGUAAAUGGAAAGAACGCAAAGAAGAAGCCCUUGAUCCACUCCUCGCAGCUUUAAAACCAGCUAUCAAGAUUAAAAACGAUCACUACGACGAAUUAAUUAAGGCUCUCGGCGGGAGGAUGGCCGAUGCCAAUAUUCUAUGUGUCAUAGGAGCUGCAAAUUGCCUGGAGUGUUUAGCGAAAGGACUCAGGGCAGAUUUUGCGAAGUACCGAAGCUUAAUGGUCGUACCCAUUCUUGAAAAAUUCAAAGAGAAAAAGGUAAACGUUGUUGAAGCGUUGAGCAACUGUCUAGAUGCUAUGGCAGCCACGGUAACACUCAGUGAUCUCACGGAAGACAUCGUGAACUUUUCCAAGCAUAAAAAUCCUCAAGUCAAAGAACAAACUAUGAAGUUCCUUGUCAGAUGCCUACGGAACACGAUGCAUGCUAUCCCCAAGGCUGAGUUAAAGUCGCUAUCUGACGUGAUGCUCAGUGGAUUGGAAGAUGCCGUAGUGCCAGUGAGGGAAAUCGCUGCUGAAGGACUGGGGACCCUCAUGAAGCUAGUUGGCAAGGCGACAUUCACUCCGAUCAUUCAAGGACAAGAUGAUCUGCGCAAGGUGAAAGUAGAAGAGUAUUAUGAAAAAGCCGAAGUGAAGUACCAACCACCGAAAGCCAAACCCAAAGUCCCGGCCCCGAAACCUGCCUCGAAAGCCCCCCCAAAGAAACCUGUUGCCAAACCACCCCCUCGCGUCACUUCGCCAGCACCCUCUCCUACCGACAACGGCCUGGGCUCUUCCAUUUCUUCCAAGCCAACAGUGCGCCCCGUGAAGAAGCCCGUGCCUUCAGCAGCCCCUCCCUCAAAAAAGAGUGCCGGCAGCGCCCCAGCUCCUGUUGCAGGGAGCACUAGCGCCAAGGCCACCGAAGAAGUUCGCUAUAAAAUGUCACAAGAUGAUGCAGAAGCGAGAGCACCCGACUGUUUACCGGCCAGUUUCAUCGAAGGGGUUGGAAACAGCUUGUGGAAGACUCGUCUGGCUGCUUUGGAGGAACUACUGAGUUGGAUUCCUGAACAGGCCGAUGAAAUCGAAGCUGAAGUAAUUGUUCGGUAUCUGAAUAAAAAGCCUGGGCCAAAGGAGAGCAAUUUCCAGGUCUGGCAGCGCGUGUUCUCCGUCAUCCAUCUUCUUGCCGAACAGUGUCCGACAUUCACCAAGGCAUGCAUGGCUUUGACAAUACCAUCAUGUUUUGAAAAAUAUGGAGAUGCCAAGAUCAAGGAGGCCGCAGGCAACGCGUUAAUAACCUUUGCUGAGAAAUCUUCUUUGGGUUUCGUGUUAUCACAAGCGUUCGAAUCAAUUUCUAAGCAGAAAGCCGUGAAGAUACAAGCAGAGAGCUUUUCGUUUAUAGAUUCUGCACUCAUCGAAUUUGGAAUAAACGGCGUACCGGUCAGAAACCUGAUUGAGUGCCUAAAGACUGGUCUGAAAAGUGUUAAUGCAGCUGUUCGGACGAAUGCUACCAAAGCUUUGGUGACUACGAAACUUUGCAUAGGGGCUGAUAUUACCAAUUUCCUCCAAGAUCUGAAUCCUCAGUUACUGGGCACGAUUGAAAGCGAGUUUGCUAAAAUUGCGGAAGAACGGCCGCCUACUCCGACCCGACAAAGUGCGGAUGUUGCUCAAGCAACUCACGGUGAAGGCAACGGGGCUAAAGGCAAAGGUAAAACAGGCACCUCUGGCGAUCCACUCGAUGAAUUGUUUCCCCGAGUGGACCUUGAUCGAUUAGUAUCGAGCAGUACUAUAAAGGCCUGUGAUGAUCCAGCUUGGAAGAUCCGAAAAGAGGCUUUGACAACUAUUCAAGAUAUUCUCGAGCAAAACAAACGCUUGAAGCCCAACCUUGGAUCAGAUCUCUCGGCCUCAUUGAAACUGCGCUUGGCAGAUGCCAACAAAGCAGUCCAGACUCUGGCUCUGGAUGUAGUUUCCCGAAUCGCCACCGGAAUGGGCAAGCCCUUCGAACGACAUGUCAAGCCCCUAGCCCCAUCGAUAUUAAAUAUCUUAGCUGAUAAAAACGCCACAGCCCGGAAUAACGCCUUAAACGCAUUGACCGUGGUCGCAGAUUCGUGCGGGUUGGACUGUUUAGCAUCUAGUGUUGGAACCUCCUUAGAAAUAGCGAAACCCGAGCUUAGAUCAUCAGCCCUCAAUUGGUUUGUCGAACGCGUUGCGGAUCCUGAGGCGGUGAAAGGUCUGGAUUUGUCUACUUUUGCUUCGCCGAUCAUCUCUUGCCUAGAGGAUCGAAACGCCGAGGUUCGCAAAGGUGCCACCGCCCUGUUACCAACAAUCGUGUCAUCAGUCGGUAUUGAUUCGAUUCUCGAGGAAACCAAUAAUCUGAAACCCGCCUCUCGAAAUAACGUGGUUCCGAUGAUUGAAAGUUGUAGGCCGGCAGCGCCUGUGAAGGUCCUUGCUUCUAAGGCACCACCCAGCAAGACAGCCUCUAAAACAGCACCCGCGGCUAGCAAACAACAAGCAAGGCCGCCAUCUGCCGCUAGUAUGAACAGGGCCAGCACGCCGUCUCGUGAUGACAGGCCACCGCUGUCGAAGUCCAGGCUGGGAGCGCGGAAGCCUGGGGUUCCGCUUAGUUCCAAGCUCGCACCUGUUGCUUGCCAGCCCUCAUCUCCCGCCCCCACGGCUGCUGCUGCUGCUGCUGCAGAAGUUCCUUUCCGCUCGGGAGAUCCCAAGUCCAAGACAGCUCGUGCAAGCAAGGAAACUGGACCUUUGAAGUGGGUCAUUGACGGUGCAGUGCGCAAAGAUCAAAUCGAGCAACUGUAUCUACAGAUGGCCCCUCAAAUCAGCGCCGAGCUUCUCGGGCAACUGUUUAGCAAAGAUCACCAUUGCGAAAAAGAUUUUCUCGCUGGGCUCAACGUCAUCGAAACCUGGACAUCUGACCCAUCAACUGCUGGAGAACAAGUCGACUUGGAAGAAUCAGACAUCAGGGACAGACUAUUAGCAAACUCAGACCUUGUAUUCAAGUAUCUGACCAUUCGAUUGCAUGACACAAAUACCACAAUCACCAUGAAGUGUUUGGACAUCAUUGAUCAAUAUAUCGCGGCUUUGCAACUGGACGGCUAUCGCUUGACUGAUUACGAGGCCUCUAUUCUCUUGCCAAGCUUGAUUGGGCGAUGCGGGGAUAGCAAAGAAGUCCUUCGAACUCGAAUUCGCACAAUAUUCAAGAAUUUAUGUGGUAUUUAUCCAUUCAGCAAAGUCUUUCAAAGUCUUAUCGAUCAUGGUCUCAAGGCAAAGAAUGCUCGAAUACGUGCCGAGUGUGCCGAAGAGCUCAGUGCUCUAUUUCAAAGGCAUGGCCUUAAUGUGUGUCAGCCGGCCAAGGCUUUACCAAUGAUCGCCGCUCUGAUAUCUGAUCGCGAUUCAGCCGUGCGCAACGGGGCACUUGCCGCGUUAGCGAGUGCCUACGCCUCUGCCGGCGACGUGAUUUUGAAAUACGUGAAACAUUUGUCCGGAAAAGAGCAGGACAUGCUGACCGAGCGUCUCAAGCGGACAGAAGCUCCUGCAUCCCCGAAGGCAGAUCGUUUUCCCACCGAACCUUGCGCUUCACCCACUCCAAGAGGACCUGCGGCCGCCCGUCGGCCGAAACCAAGUGUACUACGCCGUCCAUCGGCCGCUUUUAAUCCGCCUAGCGAAUCGGAAAUCGCUAGUAAUUUAAAAGAUGCCCAUCGAAAGCCAACGAGUUUGAUGAAAUCAACCUCAUCUGCAAUACCACCACCAACCAAAAUGCAUCCUCCGGCCGUCGCUGCUCGUCAAUUGUCCUCAAUGGACCUUUCUCGGAAUAGCUCAGUCUCGAGUAACAAUAUAUCCAGCUCUAAAAUUGAUCCGCGUCUGUCUCUCCGCCCUUCUGCGGGUCAGUCUCCAGGAAUGGUGCCAGCAGCUUCAACUGACUCGGUGGUUUCGAAUGCAAUUAAUUAUCCCGGCGUCAUAGGAGAGAUCUUGUCGAGUGAUGACAUUCGAAGUACAGAUGCACUCAAAUCAAUCCAGGCUGACAUUGCUGAGCAACCAGAUACACUUAUUUCCACGGCAGAUGCGAUCGUCGAUGUGAUUUCCACUCAGAUGAAAAUUGCAUUCGAAAAUCUCGACGUUUCCACCCCUCCAAUGAAGCUGCGACUCUGUAAACAUUUGAUGCAAACUUUAUCAACUCUCUUCGAUCGCAGUCAGUUGGCGACCGCUGUUUCUAAAGACUCAUUAGUCGGCAUAUUGGCCCAGCUCACUCAAAGGCUACAAGAAACUGCCGAUAAUCCAUCUAGUGAACAUAUCACCAGCUUAUCAAAGGUGUUGAACAUGGUCCUGAUUAGAAUAUUCCACAAUGCAGAUCGAAGUGCAUGUUUUGGAGCACUAUUUGCUGUUCUGAGAAUGACUACAAUUGAUAUGCGCGAAAUCGAAGAUGAAGUUGAACUGGGACACCGAGCAAAGUAUGCGGAAUUGGUCAUGAAAUGUUUGUGGAAAGUUUCUAAAACAGCAAAGGAAUCAUUGGAGGACGGAACAUUAGAUGUCUCAAUUUUAUUGCGAGAUAUAGACGAAUUUCUGGUUUCCAUUCCACCGGCCGAAUGGCGGCGACGAGCCAACGACAACGUCCCACUAGCAGACAUGCCUCUUCGGACCGUCAAAACGAUUUUACAGCAAGUAGUCACCAUUUAUGGAGAUGCUGUAUACGAUGCGGUGUCAGUUUUGAAAAAUCCACAAGACACUUUUGUAUAUCAAUACCUGUUUCGACUGCUCAACAACUCGUGGGCGGCUGGUGGAAAUCCUUCGUCCAAUCGACCAACGGGCAGCAGUCGAGCAAUGGUAACAUCAUCUUCAGCAGGGGCACGUAGCCCACCGCCCGCGUUUCCAAAUCCUAGACCACCUGAGACUGGAGGGGCUAGGCGAGACUCUAAAUCAUCAGCUGCGUCUUUUGCCAGUACUUCGUUGCCGAAAGCUGUUCCUGGAAAUGAGUCUUCAAGCGAGGUGGAACUAAAUAAUCAUCUCACUGAAAUCUUUGCAAAGAUUGGCAGCCCCAUUGAUUCAAAAAAGGGAAUUUCUGAGCUAUACCACCUACUCAAAAUGCACCCGGAGGCACACAGCAAAGUGGACAAGUGGAUUAGUGCUACUGGAACUUAUUUUCAAGCUUAUCUUCGGAGAGCCUUGAGUAAUUUGAAGGCAGACGAUCCUGACUUGCCCAACAGCGGGGGAUCAGAAGGACUUAUGCCUUCCGCUUCUGCAAGCCGACCGUCUACCGCCACCCUGCCUGUAAGCCCAUCUCUUAGCGCGUUUGGGCCCGAUGGAGGGGGAGCCAAUCGGAUUUCAAGGAGUCAAUCUCAAGAUGUCGAUCUCACCCGUUUGCAAUCUUUGUUUGGCUUUGAGGCCACUACGACUUCACCAACUAGGACUCAUAACAUGGAAUGA